UUCGUGGUAUCAACUAUCAAUACACCUUGAUAUAAACAUAAUAUAAUUGAGAUAAUUUCUUAUAAUCAUGACAAAUUAUCAUGCCAUCACGAAGUCACAAUAAUCUAAACGCUUUUAUUUUACAUUUUGCUCAAUCGUUAUUAUUUUGAAAACCGCUAAAAAAUAAAUAUUCAACUUUCGAAUUGUGAUAUGCAGUAGCAGUACCGUGCUGGGUACAAACUAAAAUUUGCAUAACAAUGGAUGCUGACAAGUUAUUUAUAGGUUCUCAACACAAACUGAUCAGUGAAAGCAGCUUAAAGUGUAACAUAGAUGAUGUCAAUCAACUACUAUCCAUCAAAAAACGUAUAUUAGAACAACCACGUAUUGAAAAAUGUGCAUCACUUGCUGAAGCUGAAUGGAAUGACGAUUUGAAGUUAGCAAAACUAACAAAAGUAACAAAAAAUCUUACCAAAAAUUUUUCACAUUCUUUGAAUAAGUCAUUGUAUUUAUACCCAGAAGAAUGUUUGUGCUUGCUAGAAAUGAAAUGUUUGUUACUAAAAUGGAAUGAAAGAAAACUGUCAAUUAAAAAUGCAUUUUCCUUAUUGUUGGCUGCAGGAAGUGGUUGUACAUUUGAACAAUGUAGAACCUAUGGUUAUUUGGUUAAAUUAGGGUUUCGGGUAUUUAAACAUGACAACAAGCUAAAAAAUAAUACGCAUGAUUCUAAAGAUGUAUCAAAACUUCCAGAUUUGUCAACUAAAAGAAAAAAAAAGAAUGCAAAUUAUAGGUCUAUACAGACUGAAAAUUCUCCUAGAGUUAUAAAAAAAAUACCUUCUCCUAAACUCAAAACUCAUUGUGAGAUAAUAUUUACACCACAAUCACACUAUAUGCCACAAAACUUACAACCAUUGUAUGAUGUUUAUUCAUACAAUCUAGCUGUGAUUUCUGGCAGUGUUGAAAUAAUUGAUUCUAAGUAUUUUGAAGAAAAAACCGGUUUAGACAAUUUGAAAGAAGAAAGCAUAAUGUACAAAUCACAACCUAUUGGAAUGUAUCCUGUCUAUGAGAAAAAUAUUCCACAAACUAUAAAGUCUGAUGAAGAAAAUAUUUUUGGGCCUAGAACUAAAAGAUUGAAAUUUACUGAAAUUAAAAGAGAUCACUCACUUAAUACUUUGACUAUGACAGCUUCCACUUCGAUUAAUGCUAAAAACUUGAGUGCUUUGAGUAGUACAAAAAAUUUGACCAUGGUUCAAGAUUGUGUAGAUUUAAAAAAUAACAAAAUUAUGGAAAUUAAUUCUUCAGUCGGCUUGAGUACUGGAAAUAACUUUUCUGCGUUUAAUAACAAAAUUAGUUUUUCUAAUAAAUUGCUUGAUGGUGAAAACAAUGAAAAAAAUCAAAACAUUAAUGAUGGAUUUGCAACAAAUUUAACACAAAAUGUAAAUUUGAGUAGAGAAGAAAAAAAUGAACCUGAUAGCAAACUACCAGAAUCUACACUAUCUGAUGAUAUUCCUGUAGAAGAACUACCCAACAUGCAUAUAAACGUACCAAGUCACAUUAGGCAGAAACUAUUGGCGAUAAAACCAUCAACUCUUCGCAAAGGGUCUACAAAAAAUGUCAAUAAUAAGCACUCUGUGCAUUAUGAUGUUUACUAUCCAGAUAAUGAUGUUCCAAAAACAUUGAGACCUGCGCCGGACUUUAGAGUUAUUGUUUUUGAAGAUGAUUUGGAAUGCUUUCCAAAUAUUUACGACAUCAAUAUUUCAAAUCCUAAUGACAAUAUACCCACAUUAUGGGCCAUUGUAAAUUCAAGUUCCGUUUCAUUUUUCAGUGUGGAUAGUAUAAUUUUGCCGAAAACCGCAGACUGGGAUAAAAAAGAUGAUUGAUUUGAAUUUAAUUGUUUUAUUAUAUUGUUAAAAUUUAUUUAUCAUACAUAAUAUUAUUUUGUACUCAUAAAUUGUAUAACUGUACCAUUUUUUAUAUAAAUGAGUUUUAAGGCUUUGUUUUGAUAUUUUACAUUUCUUAUUAUUUUGUUGUCUGUCAUAGUAUUUUAAACUAAGAAAUUUUUUUUUCUAUCUUUAAAAUCUAGGUUUAUACAAAUUAUUAUUGGAACAUUAUCAUAAAUGUAAAAAUAAAUGGUCUGGUUAUGUUUUUUGCAAAAUUCUCAUACAAAUCGUUUUUAACGCUCGAAUUGCUGACUAAAAAAAAAAUGGUGUUGCACAUCGAUUUGUAUGAGAACAUUACAAGAUAAACAGUGGUGACCGAGGUGGUGACAUUUAUUUGUUGUUAUUUAAAACACAUGAUAAAUUAACGAAUAAUUUUACAUUGUCAACUAAUAAAAAUGAUAAAAUAAUAACAAAAUUAGUGUUAACAAAGUUUUAAAUGAUCAAAUUUACUGACAUACAUUUAAGUUGUGUUACAUUAUAAAAUAAUCAUAAUUAAAUAUACUUUAUUUUGAAAACCUAUUUUUAUUUACAGUUGUUCAAUGUGAGUAUGUGACUUCCGUUAACUUCGAUGCACUUUCGAUCCGACAAUGUAAUGAAUUCCAAGUUUUUUCCAACAAAUUUGGUGUUUGACGAAUGAUAUCAGCUA